GAGCAAACUUGGAGAUCAAGAUUGGAGCGAAUGGAUAAAUAUAGGGACUAGUAUAAUAACUCCGGAUUUUUCUCUCAGGAGUAAAAACCUUCCAAAAAUGCGCAAGCUUUCACAUUGUUAUUAGAAUCACCUUAAACCCUUCUCUUCCGUUUUGCUGAGCCCUCUCCAAUGGCGGCUGACUCUGGACAGCAAACCAUUACGAGGGUCAGAAAAUUGAGUGUUCCGACUAAUCGAAAACUCUGUAAAGGUCAGAAAGUUGAGGUAAGGAGUAAUGAAGAUGGGUUCCUAGGCUCAUGGCACCCUGGAACAGUGGUUUCACUAGGAAGCUUAACUCGUCGGGUGAAAUAUGAUCACAUCUUAUGUGAAAAAAGAUCCACCAAUUUGGUUGAACGUGUGAAAGUUAGUCCCUUGAUUGAUGGGGUCAAACCUGCUGAUUGGAACCCAGACCCCUACCGCGGUAUGAUAAGGCCUUUUCCGCCGCCACUUCACGUUGUAAACAGGACUCUUCACUAUGGAGAAUGUGUCGAUUUCUUUUAUCAGGAUGCAUGGUGGGAAGGUGUGAUUUUCGAUCAUGAAGAUGGUUCUGAGAACCGGCAGGUAUUCUUUCCAGAUAUGGGUGAUGAAAUGACAGCCUGUGUAAACAAGCUUCGGAUCACUCAGGACUGGAAUGAGGUUUCCGAGGAAUGGAAGCUUCGUGGGAGUUGGAUCUUCCUUGAAUUGGUUGAGGAAGUGGCAAAAAAGAUUCCCCUUCUAGUCUCUUUGAAGCAAAUCUGGUAUGAAGUAAGGGAGAAGAGUGAGUUUAAGGACUGGACUUUUUCUGAUAGGAGUUAUUGGAGGGGAUUGGUUUCCUUAGUCCUAUUGGAUAAUUUUAAGCCUACCAUCACUCACUUUUUUAGUGUAUUGGACUAUUCACAAGGGUUUCUUCAGGAAGGACAAUCAUUUGACUUUUCUCAACAGCUUCUUAAUGAUGUAUUGGAUUCCGUAGAUUUUACUGAUGACUCUCUUUCCCUCUGCCUUCCCUGGACAUUUCCUCAUAACAUCAGUGCUUCCAAUGUUCAAGAAACUCUUGCCAAGGAAAAUGCUCCUAAGGAUUUUGCUCCAACCAUAGAUAAUGGUAGAAAAGUUCAUUGUAAAAGUUCGGAAGUGUCUGUUGAUAAAAUCAAACAUUCUAAAAGGAGAACCAAAUUGAAGUGGACUCCUAUUGACCUUGAAGCCCAGUAUUUGCCUGAAGCAGUGGCAGAAUUUAAAAACUUAUAUAUGUCGGGUAGUAAAGCUCCAGAUGAAGUAAAUGAGAAUGUAAGAAAACAUCUUUUAUAUAUAGGCUGGACGGUUGAGUUUGCAAUUGACAAGAAGAGUACUAGGUUCCGCUACAUUCCACCUUCCGGACCUUCAUUUAUGUCACUUGCACAAAUUUGUAAGGAGAUGGACAUAGAGUCACAUGACACUCUUUCAGAAUACAGAAGAGCCCAAACAAAGUGGUCUCCCAUUCUCCUUCAACCCAAGCUUUUCCCUGAAGAAGUGGCAGAAUUCAAAAGGCUUUCUCUGUCGAAUGUCCGACAUCGGAAAGAUCUUUAUCCUAAAUUAAGGAGACACCUUCUGGGUCUAGGAUGGAAAAUCGAGCACGCAGUUGGUUUAUUUAAGUCUAAGAUACGGUAUGUUUCACCUUCCGGGACUUCAGUAUACACACUUUUAAAUAUUUUUAAGGAUCAUCAAGAGGCUCUCUCUGUGGUCUCCCUGCAUGACCAAAGAAGUGAAGAUGGCAAAGAAGAACAAUCUCGCCCUUCUAUGGAUGAAGACAUUAUUAUUGCCCCUGAGUUCUGUCCUCAGGCAGUCAAUGACUAUGUACUCAUUAUGUCUCCAGACCCACUAUCCAAAAAGUGUAAGAAAACAAUCAAUGAGAUUGCAGAUAAAGCUAAAAAGCAUUUAGUUUUCAGCAAUUGGAAAAUCUAUGCAAUUUGUAAAGGCAUUGAUAAGAAGGAAGUUCGAUAUAUGUCUCCUGACGGAAGAAUAUUCUACUCACUUGUAACUGCUUGCAAACACUAUCUCAAGGAGAACACAUGUUCUGCCAGUGAUGCAUCUUGCCCCAGGGGGCAAAGCGAGUCUACACAUGUUGAUGUGGACCAUGUUCAGCCAGGUCAUAGUGAAGUGCAAAGGAAGAGGAAGUUGAGGGAAUUAAUUAGGGGAGAAGAUGUCGCCAAAGGUUCUCAUUCCGCAAGUCGUGUGCUAAGAUCGUAUAAAAGAGCUAGGCAGGUGGGUCCCUCUUCCUCUCACCAAACGCCUCGUAGUGUUUUGUCUUGGUUGGUAGAGAAUAAUGUGGUUCCGUCUAGCACAAGAGUACAAUAUCGUGAAAGGGAAGAUAGCCCUCCGAAGAGGGAGGGGCUAAUUAGUGACUCUGGAAUCAAAUGCCAUUGCUGCCAGGAGAUUUAUGGACUCAGUAAAUUUGGAGCUCAUGCGGGAAGCAGUGAUCAUUGCCCUUCAAGGAAUAUCUUUUUGGAUGAUGGAAGGUCGCUUCUAGAUUGCCAAGUCGAGAUGAAACAUAAACUUUAUGCAAAGAAGAAAGAACCAAAGAUAAAGAAAGGGGGUCAGCACAACAAAAUUAAUGACUAUAUAUGCUCCAUCUGUCAUGAUGGCGGUCAACUAAUCCUAUGUGACAUGUGUCCAUCAUCUUUUCAUCCUGGCUGCCUGGGAAUUGAGGAACUUCCAGAAGGUGAUUGGUUUUGCCCAUUUUGCUGCUGUGGAAUCUGUGGUCAGAGCAAAGAUUUACUUGCAGAUAAUAAUGCUAUCAACUGUUCUCAAUGCGAGCAUCAAUAUCACGUUGGAUGUGUAAGAAAUAAUGGUGUUCCAAAGAAUGAUAGCUACCCCGAAGGAUAUUGGUUUUGCAAUACAAGAUGCCAACAGAUAUUUUUGGGUCUUCAUAAACUUUUGGGAAAACCAAUUCAUUUGGGGACUAAUGACCUGUCCUGGACAUUGUUGAAGUACAAAGAAACAGAAAAAUCUUCUCUUGAUGCUCCAGAAGAUGAGGUUUCAAUAGAGAAUUAUAGCAAGCUCAAUGUUGCCCUUGGUGUGAUGCAUGAAUGUUUUGAGCCUAUUAAAGAAUCUCGAACUGGGAGAGAUCUCAUGGAAGAUAUUGUUUUUAAUAGAUGGUCUGAACUUAGUCGUUUGAAUUUUCAAGGAUUCUAUACUGUCCUUUUGGAGAGAAAUGAUGAGCUCAUUACAGUGGCUACUCUAAGGGUUCAUGGAGAAAAGGUAGCUGAGGUUCCAUUUAUCGCCACCCGUUUUCAAUAUCGCCGGCUUGGGAUGUGUAAAAUUUUGAUGAAUGUACUAGAGAAGAAACUAAAUGAAUUAGGAGUAGAGAGGCUAGUUUUGCCAGCUGCUAAAAGUGUAUUAGACACAUGGACAAGCUCAUUUGGAUUCUCCGUAAUUCAAGAGUCAGAGAGGUUGGACUUCUUGGAUUUCAGUAUACUUAAUUUUCAUGGAACAGUCAUGUGCCAGAAACUCUUGGCAAGAAAAUACAUGGAGUUGACUGUCUUUACAGGUUCCACCCAACACAUUUUCAGCACAGUCAAUAAGUACAGUUCUGAGGUGGAUGGGACAAGCCCUGUUUCUGAGGUCGUUCAAGCCGACCAAAAUCACAGGAGUGUCAUCAUGGACCAAGGACCAGUCGAUACGCCGGGAGGAACCCUUACCAGCAGCAAAAUCAACCAAGCUCCCCUACUUCUUACGUUCAAACAAACUGCUGAUGCUCCCGAUCGAAAGGACGGUAGCACAGAGGUUGGUUUUCUUAAAUGCUACAAGCGGAGGAAGAGACUAUUAUCUGUUGAAGCCCAAGUGCUUGUUCAUGGAGAGGUAACUGAUGGUUAAGCAGCUGGUUAUUUAUUGAGAAGGGGCCAUCCAAUAAUGAAAAUUCCGAGUCUGAUAUUUUUCUGCUAGCUUUUAAAUUGUAAAUGGUGUAGUUUAUGAGAGGAACAAUAAGAGUUCUAUGGCUGCCUCUCCAAGACCAAAGUCUAUGUUUUGUGUACAGUUUAGGUAGUUGUGGUAUAUUCCUUCAGCCUAUAAUCUUUUGGAGUAAAAAAAACAGUUUCCGGGAGGGUGCACACAUGAAUCAAAUUUUUGCAGAUUCCUAUAACUCGACUGGACCGAGGCCCGCAGUGGGCCCAGGUUGCCGGUAUGAUUAUAUUUAUAUAGAGGAAUGUUCAGGUCUGAACAUUCCCCGUCCGAGCACCGUCCAAACAUAGACGUUUGGGACACUUUCCGGUAGAAUUUUUUGAUGGAUUUUUUUGAGCAUGUUCCUCAUCAAGUCUAGUUUGUCCAUAUCAAAUUUCAGCUCAAAAUUCGACCGGGGAGACAUUCAAAUCAUUUUUUGAAGUUGACUGCGUCAAAAUAUAAAGACUUGAAAUUUGAGUGUCUUCAAAAACUGAUUUGAAUGUCUUCCCGAUCGAAUUUUGAGCUGAAAUUUGGUAUGGACAAACUAGACUUGAUGAGGAACAUGCUCAAAAAAUUUCAUCAAAAAUUUCCACCGGGAAGGGCCCUAAACGAGGAUGUUCGGACGGAGGCUCCUGUCCGAACGUUCGGACCUGAUCAUUCUUGUGUGUGAGUGUGUGGACUUCUUGUUGUAUACACUUUUAUACUCAUCUUAUACCCACCAUGUCGGGGGACAAAAAUAUGACUAAAUUGUUUAUGUGUACUUUUACAGUCACUAUAAAAUUUGAAUAUAAUCAAUGGUCAUUAAAGUUACUGUGUUACAUUUUUACCCAAUAUUUUUAUUUUUGUCAUAUUUUAAAAAGGGUAAGAGUCUUAGAGUAUUCUUUUGAUCCAUAUUCUUUGUAGAAAAAUGAUGUUUGUACACAACCAAAAUUGUUCUUUGUAUUCUACUAGACCAAACACGAUACUAGUAAAAAAAGAGGUCUUAUACAAAUAUAUACGUAAUUCAUAUUUGAAAGUAUUGGAUGCUUACGUUAGAAUAGCAAUGGCUACAUAUAAGAAGGGAAAAGGUGCAAAUAUGCUCAUGUACUAACCAAAAAAGUCAAAUAAACCCUUAUUUAGGAGGCUCUGUCCGGCCGUCAUUAUUUGGAGUGGUUUCCGGUGGAAUUUUU